GGUGUACAAUAGGGGGGCAAAUGGAGAAGUCUCACGCCUAGGUGUGAGCAGAUUAUUCAAAUAGGAGCCGAAUGAAGCAGUAGGGAUUGGAGGCUCGCCCGGGAGCACGGAGCUAUAUCACUGCGUUAAGAGCCAGCAGCAGGCGUCAUUUCAUCUCAGACACACACACAGUCGCACACACAAAACAACACAACACACACACACACAUGCGCCAGCCCUUGACAGGAGGAGAGCGCAACGACGACGCGAGUGUAUCCCGUGGUCCCCAACAAGCACCUUUGGCUGCCAAAGGACGCGCGGCAGCAGCAGAAGCAUUUCUCGCGUGGGGAAACGUUUUCAAAAGUACGCGAAACUUUGGUCCAGGAUGCUCGGCGCUGUCAAGAUGGAAGGACACGAACACGCAGCUGACUGGAGCGCUUACUACGGAGAGCCCGAGUGCUACACCUCGGUUGGCAACAUGAACCCCGGCCUGGGAAUGAACUCUAUGAACACUUAUAUGACCAUGUCCGGAAUGAGUUCCACCGCAAACAUGACUGCCAACACCAUGAACAUGUCCUAUGUCAACACGGGCAUGAGUCCUUCCAUGACGGGGAUGUCCCCCGGCGCGGGAGCCAUGGCCGGCAUGGGCGCGGGUAUGACGGGCAUGAGCGCAGCCCUGAGCCCCACCAUGAGCCCCAUGGCCGCGCAGGCGCCCUCCAUGAACGGCCUGAGCUCGUACAGCAACAUGAACGCCAUGAGUCCCAUGUACGGCCAGUCGAACAUCAACAGAUCGAGGGACCCGAAGACCUACCGCAGGAGUUACACGCACGCCAAGCCGCCCUACUCGUACAUUUCUCUGAUCACCAUGGCCAUCCAGCAGUCGCCCAGCAAGAUGCUGACCCUCAGCGAGAUCUAUCAGUGGAUAAUGGACCUUUUCCCCUUUUACCGGCAGAACCAGCAGCGCUGGCAGAACUCCAUCCGCCACUCGCUGUCCUUCAACGACUGUUUCCUGAAAGUACCCCGCUCCCCGGAUAAACCGGGCAAAGGUUCGUUCUGGACCCUUCACCCCGACUCCGGGAACAUGUUUGAGAACGGCUGCUAUCUGAGGAGGCAAAAGCGCUUCAAGUGCGACAAGAAAACGUGCAAGGAGCCGGGGCACAAAACCUCCGAGGGCGGAUCCAACAGCAGCUCCGAGAGCUGCAACGGCAACGAAUCUCCCCAUUCCAACUCGUCCGAGCACAAACGCUCCCUGUCCGACAUGAAGUCGGCUCAGGGUCUGAGCCCGAAUCACGCAGCCUCCCCGACCUCUCAGGCGCAGCAUCUCCUGGCGCAGCAUCACUCCGUCUUGGCGCACGAAGGACACCUGAAGCCGGAACAUCACUAUUCGUUCAACCACCCGUUCUCCAUCAACAACCUCAUGUCCUCGGAGCAACAGCAUCACAAAAUGGACCUAAAGACAUACGAGCAGGUGAUGCACUACGGUUACGGCUCUCCGAUGGCCGGCGCGUUAUCCAUGGGUUCCAUGGCGAGCAAAGCGGGCCUGGAUUCGCCGGACACGUCCUAUUAUCAAGGUGUGUACUCCAGGCCCAUCCUGAACUCUUCCUAAACUCUCACGGACCCUGCGACCGUUUGUACAUUUGUAAAAUGCUCGUGUAUAUCUGUACUCUUCACUUUUUGGCGUUUCUCGUUCCUUUAGUUCCUGCUCGUUAGUAAUUAUUUUGUAAAAGGAUGUUGACGUUGACAAUGUGACGAACUCUUGGAGGCGGAUUUUGAAAAUGGACCAAAUCGGACGGAUUGAACUUCUUCGAUCGUUUGUGUAAACUUAUUUAUGGCUUGUAAAUGUGUAUUCUUGUAGUCGAUGACAAGAACAGAAUCUAUAUUAAAGUGUUAUUUGGA